AUGCUGGACGUCCCCCGAAGUGUACUCGACGCCUCCACCAGCGGCACCUCAACCGAGCCACCCUCAACUACGACCUCACCUCCCCCCGACCCCACGCCCCAGUCUCCCGACCCAUCAGCAAUAAACACCGGCGCCAUGGCCGGCGGUGUCAUAGGCGGGGUAGCCUUCCUGUCCCUUAUCGCAGCAGCGAUCUUCUUCCUUCAUCGGCGCCUUAAGAAAAAGUCCCCUCCCAGCCCUCCUCCUCCCACCAACCAAAAUUACACCCCUAUCCCAACCAACAACAACCCUACUCCCAAUCAACAACCCUACUCCCCCCCGACGACCAGACUUCCUCUCCCUCCCAGCUCAACCCUCCCCUCCUCGACCCCCUACCUCUCCAACAUCAGCCCCCCAAUCGGCGGCGACCCAUACUUUCCCCCCCAAUACGACCCUUCCAAACAACAACCACCCGAAACACAGCAGCAGCAGCAAGGCUACUUUUUGUACGGACCCGGUAGCGGUGAUGCUGGUGUGGGGUUGUACCCCCACGGCACCCCCAACACGCAGAACUCCCAUUUUGAAUCGCAGUAUACCACCCGUCCUGCUCAGGGGCAGGAACCCUACCAACUCUAUACACCCCCGCAGCAAGAACAGCCCCAGCUCUCCGAGUUAGACAGUGAUGACGUAGCAAAAGGCCAGAGCGGUAAUCCAGCCGAGAUGAUGGGCAGUUGCGCCGAGCAGCAGAACAGAAACAGGGCUGAGAUGACGGAGAAGUGUGACGCAGAGAGACAGAGUGCAAAUCCAGCUGAGACGCCCAUAAUACCAGAGCCAUGA